AUGUCUUACUCUCAAGAAGAACUUAUGACUACACUUAAUGAAAAAUUAAAGUAUGGAUUUGAACUUAUAGCCCAAGUAAAAAAAAUUGAAGAACUUGAUGGUGCUAUGAAGUUGCAGAGAAAAAUUCGACAAGAGAUUGAAUUUUUAAAAAGAUUACAAAAAAGUAAAAAGGCUAAAAUAGAGCAGUUGGCUUGUUCAAACUUGAGACAUUUGAGUGCUUUGGUUGAGUGUGCUACAAGGCCGGGUGUUAUUUCUGUGUUAAAAAUGUUUCAUAUUAAUGAUGAAAAUAAAUUGUUGAUUGAUGUUAUAAGUGAUGAUGGAAAAACAUGGACUAAAGUCAUAGCUCGCAAUCCAAAAUCACUGUCAGCUCUUAGUUCUGGUAAUUCAUCAUAUGGUGCCCGAUCAAUUAUAGAUCAAGCACAAGACUAUUUGGAGUGUGCUAAACUUUAUCCAUGUAUGUACCGACCACCAAAGGUUGUCUUCGAGUUUGUAAGUGGGAUUGAAGACUCACUAGCAAACAAAUUGAAAGCACUUGGGAUUCUUGUUGAAGGUGAAAUAUUACCUGAUUUUAAACCAAGUAAAGAUGAAUCUUGGGAAUCUAGUGAUGAUGAAGGCCCUGUCAUUAGGCAACAGGACCUCAAACAAGAAAUGUUACAAAGCUUUGAUAAUGAAUCAGAAAUUAGAACACUAAAUUUAGAUGUUACUGCUAUGAUGGCAUACAUCAGUAAUAUGACGAAUGGACACUGUAAUUAUAUUUUCAAACAAGAUGUAUUGACCCAACAAGCUGCUUGGGAAGCAGAAAGACCUGUGAAGCCAGUCUUAGAAAGGCUGUUUCAAGGGAAAAUUUUAGUGUGCUGCAGGACUGCUUGGAGUGAUUUUGAAAAAAUUGUAAAUACUUUGGGUGGCCCAUUGGAAAAGAAUAGGGCAGCAAAUUUGAAGGAGGUCUUGAAAAUUCUACCAGAUGAUAGUGGAGGUGCAGAUGAUUAUCCAAGGCAUAAUUUGAAAGUGAGGGGGCAUGUGCGUUUACGUUCUAAAGUUAUAUUUAAUUUUGGUCACAGAAUAAAAGCUCUCACGGUGUCAGCAAAUGAGGGUUUUGUUAGAGCUGCUUUACAACAGGUAUGA